AUGAACGACUUGGUGACUGAGUUUAAAGCUGCGUCGGGUUACACUCACAGUGACGAAAUCACUCUGAUCUUCGAUCGCCAACGGGAAUUGCCUCUGGAGAGGAAGAUGAAGCAGGCUGGAGGAGAGGAGGAAGACCAAGUGGAGGACGCAGAGAAAGAUGACCAGGGUGCUGCCACUUCUGC